AUGUGGCCGCGCCCACGCGGUGGGGGGUCCGCGCCCCGCUGGUGGCCGCAGACGCCUGGAGCUGGCGCCGCCUAUUGGCUUCGGUUGGCUCUGGCCACGCCCCCUCCGCGCUCGGAUUGGCUGGGCGCCGCGGUCCCUGCCUCCCGCGGCCGUUUCGCCAUGGCGGCUCCGCUCCGGCUGCGCUCCGCGCUGGCCCUGGUCACAGGUUGCGGGGUGUUCUCCCUGGGCUGGGGGUUCUGGAGUCAUGGCAAGGCAAGGGGGGCUCGCCCUUGGGCCCUGCGGCGGCGGCGGCCGCUGGGACCUUGUCUGAAAUCACUAGUGUGCAGAAGGCGGGCGACUCCUGCGCCCCACCCCCUGGUGACCCUCUGCCCCCGGCGGGCGUGUUCGCUCCCGUCCUUUCCCCUCGCAGGUGCGGGCAGCGGCAUCGGCCGGGCGGUCAGCGUGCGCCUGGCCAGGGAAGGAGCCACGGUGGCCGCCUGCGACCUCGAUGCAGCAGCGGCGCAGGAGACGGUGCGGCUGCUGCGCGGGCCCGGGAGCGCAGAGCGGGCAGCCCUUGGGGCCCACGCUGCCUUCCAGACGGACGUGUCUGAGACGGGCGCCGCGAAGCACCUGCUGGAGCAAGUGCAGGCUAGCUUUUCCCGGCCGCCAUCUGUCGUUGUGUCCAGUGCGGGCAUCACCCGGGACGAGUUUCUGCUUCACAUGUCUGAGGACGGCUGGGACAAAGUCCUCGCUGUCAACCUCAAGGGCACCUUUCUCGUCACGCAGGCCGCAGCCCAAGCCCUGGUGUCCAGCGGUUGUCACGGCUCCAUCAUCAACAUCAGUAGCAUCGUAGGAAAGGUGGGGAAUUUGACACAGACGAACUACGCUGCCUCCAAGGCCGGAGUGAUCGGACUGACUCAGGCAGUAGCCCUGGAGCUUGGACGCCACGGGAUCCGCUGUAACUGUGUGCUCCCAGGGUUCAUUGUGACCCCCUUGACACAGAAGGUGCCACAAAAGGUGCAGGACAAGGUGAUCAGGAUGGUCCCGAUGGGACGGAUGGGGAUCCCUGAGGAUGUGGCGGACGUGGUAGCGUUCUUGGCUUCUGAGGACAGUGGCUACAUCACAGGGGCCUCGGUAGAAGUCACUGGGGGCCUCUUCAUGUAACCACUUCAAGGACCCUGGACCCUGCUCACUCCUCCACCACCCUGCCCGCCCCGCCCCGCCGGGCCCCCUGCAGACGCAGACUCUCAGUUCCCAGGCUACAAAAGGGUGGCCGUGUAUGGCUCAGAGAAUGCUGAACAUGGGAGGCAGGGGUGCUUGUGACCCUAAUAAAUUCCAAAUCCUCUUCCCUGCCACCUCCA